UUAUUACACAGAAAUCACUGGCAAACAGGAAGUGAAUAAUGAGUGAACCGAAGAAGAGCAAAAAAUCCAAAGAGGAGAUAGCGAAAGAGUUCGACUUACCGGAGAGAAAAAGUAAGAUCGCCACAAUUCUGAAGCAAGAUGGACAAGCCUACUGUCUUUGCCGUUCUUCCGAUUCCUCUCGGUUUAUGAUCUGCUGCGAUGCGUGCGAAGAGUGGUACCACGGCGACUGCAUCAAUGUUUCGGAGAAAGAAGCAAAACAUAUAAAACACUACUACUGUCAGCGAUGCAAGGAAGACGACCCAUCGUUGCAGACAGUGUUCCGUCUUGUGCCUGUGCCAGGCCCGGGUCCACAUAUUGACGAAAAGAAGCCAACGAAGAAAAAGAGGGAAAAAUCAGCAUGCGUUUCAUCGUCGUCAGAAAAGCGUUGCGGUCAUUGCGAGGGAUGUCUCGCGGAAAACUGCGGCCAUUGUGAUGCCUGUCAAGGACAGACAAAAAAUGGACGCAAACAGCGGUGCGAGUUACGGAUCUGUAGCAACUGCCCCAGUCGUAAGAAGGACCGUGCAGCGUUUAAGGCGGCAGCAAGAAUCAAGAAACGGCGGCGCUCGCUUACGCCGGAAGUUAUUUUGAACCCUGCGCUCCAGGGAGAUCGCCAGUGCUACGGACCCGGCUGCAUCAUGACGGCUCGACCGCAAUCGAAAUACUGUUCGAACGAGUGCGGAAUGAAACUGGCCACCACCCGUAUCUUUCAGGUGCUUCCGCAACGAAUCCAAGAGUGGUCUCUUAGUCCCGCCGUGGGAGAGGAGCAGAAUAAGAAAGCGUUGGAAUCGAUACGCAUGAAGCAAACAAUAGUUCGUGCCACAUUGGCCGAACUCGACAAGCGGCAUGCUGAGCUCGACUUGCUGGUGGAGCGUGCAAAACGCUGUACGCUGGAUCCUAACGCGCUGGAAAAUACGGAUGCGGAAGACGAAAUGUCGAUGUACUGCAUAACAUGCGGUCACGAAAUACACUCAAAAACUGCCAUCCGGCACAUGGAGAAGUGUUUCAACAAAUAUGAAAGCCAGGCCAGUUUCGGCAGCAUCUUCAAGACGCGCAUCGAUGGAAACUCAAUGUUUUGUGACUUCUACAAUCCGGCCAGCAACACCUACUGCAAGCGGCUGCGCGUCCUGUGCCCGGAGCAUUGCAAAGACCCAAAAGUGAGCGAUACCGACGUGUGUGGUUGCCCUUUGGUGAAAAAUGUAUUCCAGCUGACAGGGGAAUUUUGUCGGGCACCGAAAAAGUCAUGUUUUAAGCACUACGUCUGGGAAAAGAUUCGGCGAGCUGAAAUUGACCUGGAACGCGUCAGGCAGUGGCUGAAAAUGGACGAAUUGGUCGAACAGGAGCGUCAGGUGCGCCAAGCCAUGGCGUCGCGAGCAGGCGUUCUCGGGUUAAUGUUGCACUCAACAUACAAUCACGAGCUAAUGGAAAAGCUGUGUGCGGGAAAGUUUUAGUAUAAGCGAUUCUUCGGUUACCAAUCUAGCAUCAUUUUUUGUUGGA